UAAAAGCGCGCGCCUCGGGAGCGCGUGGGCGGAUUUGUUGAGCGAGUUGUAGAGUGUUUGUGUAGCUGCUUGUAUGAGAAAACGUUACAAUGGUGCAACUUUCUAAAACCGGAGCAAGAGACACGCUGAAAGCUGGUCAUCCUCCUGCAGUGAAAGCUGGAGGAAAAAGAGUGGUGAAGAAGAGUGCGGAGGAUAACACCAAUGUGGAGAAAGAGGGCAAGAAAGUGGAUAAAUCCAGGUCCCUGCCGACCCCUUCCAGAACGCAGCACCUGAGUCUUCUCCUCUCUGGUCCACUUGAGAAGCUGGGUCAUGAUUUCCCCGAGACUCCAGUUUCUGUGCGACACAGCCGAGUCCGACCGAGCGUGGAGAAACCUCACGUCCCACGCAUCUCCAUCUGCAUUCAACAGCCACGCAGGUUUUGAGCCAAAAUAGCUUUUGCUGCUGAGCUUCUGACAACAUGAGGUGCAGAAGACAACCAGGAUGUGGCUUUUGUAGGUGACUCGUGGAGGUGAUUUGCUAGUAGACUUGUUAUGAAGUUAUUGUAAUGUGAUCGUUUAGGUUGGUUGUUGUAGCUUUGCAGCUUUUGAAGGUUUUUCUUCCUGCGUGGAAUGUGUUCUUGUGCUGUGGAACAUUAAUUUACUCUGUGAAUUCAUUCAUUAACUUCUUUUUGAUAAUUAAUGAAACCUAUUUUUCCUACUCUCAAAAUGAGCCUUUCAUACUAGUAAAAUUCACUUUUCCAGCAAAUGAAAUUUCGUGAAUGUUAGGUGGCGGUAGAAUCCAGUCAGCAGACUUAGCUUUUGCAUUUUUGUGUAAAACCCUUCCUAAACCAUGCAUGCACAAGUACAGUAACAAAGAAAUGGCAUGCAAUUUAAUGAAAACCCAAUUAAAACAAGUGCUACAAUGACUAUUGAACUUUUUAAAUUCAGUGACUUAAAAUGAGCAUGCUUGUGUUCAUGUAGGAACUUAAAGUGUUUGUAGUUUAUAAAGCCAUUUUUUCUAUUUGACCAGAGCUCAGACACUUAAAAUGGAUUAUCUUAUUUACACAGUGACAAGAAAAAAAUGAACUGGAUAUUCACAAAGUGUUAGAUUCUUUCAAUGAGGAAUUAACUGUAAACUUACAUAAGGAUGUUAAAGGAAUAGUUCACCCAAAAAUAAAAGGAAAAUCUUGAAAAUGUACUCCCACUCGGGCCAUCGAAGAUGUAGAGGAGUGUGUUUCCUCACUGGAACAGAUUUGGAGAAAUGUAGCAUUGCAUCAGUGUCUCAUCAAUGGAUGCCCUACAGUGAAUGGGUGCCGUCAGAAUAAGAGCUGAUAAAAACAUCACAAUAAUCCACAGCACUCCAGUCCAUCAGUGAACAUCUGGAGAAGACAAAAGAUGA